GCUCUCUCAUCAAGCAGGCGGGUGAAACGAGGACGUCAAACUUUUCAUGGUUUUAAAUACCAACGGUUCGUCAAUGUCUUGUUUUGGUAGCGGGAAAAGAAAUGUCGUCAGAUUGUUGAUUGUUGAUUGUUGAUUAGACCAACCGACCAAGCAAAGAGGGGGAUGACUGGUUUCUUUACCGCUUCUUCCACUUGAAUUCAGUAGUAUGAUAUGAUUAUUAUGCCAUGAGCGGCAAUCGUGCCGUUUUGGCGGGUUGUCUUGUCGAGCAAGCGGCGAGAGAGAGAGGAAGAGAGAGAGAGUGAGGCUGAUUCGCGCCGGGGUGGGAGUUGGGGAAGUCAAGAGGGGACGGAGGAAAGUGUAGGGAGCUGGUGUUGCGGUGUGUAAAAGCGCGGGAAAACUUCUGAAGAAAGGGGGAAAACCGCGGGAGAAGUUGUGAAGCAAAAGUUGCGGGGUGUAAAAGCGCGGGAAAACUUCGGAAGAAAGGGGAAAAACACGCGGUAGAAGUUGUGAAGCAAAAGUUGUGGUGUAAAAGCGCGGGAAAACUUCGCAAGAAAGGGGAAAGGCACGCGUGUGAAGCAAAAGUUGCGGUGUAAAAGCGCGGGAAAACUUUUAAAGAAAGGGGGGGGGGAACGCGGGAGAAGUUGUGAAGCAAAAGGGAGAAAAAAAAGCCGGGAAAAGUUCUGAAGUUUGUGGUGGUGGCACGACAAAUCAUGGUGGAAAGGCGGGAAAAGGUCUGAGAAAGAAAGAGGCGGAAAAGCUCUUGCCUUCUGAGAGGGACAGAAGGCACGUGUAGCCGGUAGUAGAAGGGGGUGAAAUAGAGAGAGGAGGAGAGGGCCAAAAAGAGAGGAGAGAACGGUGGUGGUUUUGGCUACUACCGGUAGUCGGUUGCUAUGGGUUUAGAUUUAGAUCGAUGUAUAGAGAAGAUAAAAAGAUGCGAUUACUUGUCGGAAGAUGAGUUAAAACAUUUAUGCGAAGUGGUUAAAGAGAUAUUGAUGGAAGAAAGUAAUGUACAACCAGUCAACAGUCCCGUAACCGUUUGCGGCGACAUUCAUGGGCAAUUCCAUGAUUUGAUGAAGUUAUUUCAGACGGGAGGCCAAGUCCCGAGCACUAAUUACAUCUUCAUGGGAGAUUUCGUCGACAGGGGCUAUAAUAGCUUGGAAGUGUUCACGAUACUUCUCCUCUUGAAAGCACGAUACCCUGCUCACAUCACCCUUCUUCGAGGCAAUCACGAGAGCAGACAGAUCACGCAAGUGUACGGCUUUUACGACGAGUGCCAGCGGAAAUACGGCAACGCGAACGCGUGGAGAUACUGCACGGAUGUGUUUGAUUUCCUCACUCUUUCCGCGUUGAUUGAUGGGAGAGUUCUGUGUGUGCACGGAGGGUUAUCUCCUGAUGUGCGUACGAUUGAUCAGAUCCAGACGAUCGAGCGGCUGUGCGAGAUUCCACACGAAGGGCCAUUCUGCGACCUGAUGUGGAGUGAUCCCGAAGAUAUUGACACGUGGGCGGUGAGUCCCAGAGGCGCUGGAUGGUUAUUUGGAAGUCGCGUGACGGCGGAGUUUAACUGUCUGAACGGACUGGACCUGAUAUGUCGAGCCCAUCAGCUUGUGCAGGAGGGGUUGAAGUACAUGUUCCCGCCGGAGAAGGGACUAGUGACAGUGUGGUCGGCGCCCAAUUACUGUUAUCGGUGCGGCAACGUGGCGGCCAUUCUCAGCUUUGAUGAGAACAUGGAGAGGGAGGCGAAGAUCUUCACGGAGACCGAUGAGAAUAGCACCAUGAUGAUUACCCCUCGAACAGGGGUACCGUACUUUCUCUGAACAGUAGUAGAUUGAUUACUAGGGGGCAAAGAAAAAGAGGCUUUGAGUCGUGCGCGCGUGUUUUGUUUUUCUUCUGUGUUCUCUUUCCUCUCCCAAGGCCGUCAGUCGUUGCGACUACGCUCUCGGGGAGGCGGGGACGAUAUGCGCCGCGGCGGGGGGCAGAUUGGUGAACGGUAGAGCGGGGAAGAUGGCGUGUCAUGGAGAGAUACUAAAUAGAGAGGGCCACCAUGAUGAUUACCCCUCUCGAGGUAGGGGUGUGUCUUAUUUUUUUUUUAGAAAUCGAUGCAGGGGGCUGAGGGUGGGGCCGAGGAAAAGGGUCUGAGUCGUAGUAGGAAUUUCCCCCGUCUUUGUUUUCUCCUAUUGCGAGGAGGGUUAGGGUUGCAGGGCGCACUCGGUGAGGCGGGAAUUUAUGCGUGGGGKGGCGUUGGGGGGGGGUGAUUGAUGAAGGGGAGAGUGGGGGAGAUGAUGGCGGGAGAUAAAGAGAGGGGGAAGGUUGGUUUGAGAGAAGGGAGAGGAAAACGGAGUUACAGAGAGAGACAGGGCCAGUGAUCUCCCAAGCCAGCCUUCGGAGGUGCGAGCCUGAAAUGAGCUCUGUGGCAUGGGGGAGAGGAGGACAUCGUGGAGGAGGUUGGGUAAGAGAGAGGGACUGCGUUCCCGUGAGAUGGUCAGAGGAGGGGAAUUGCACGCGGCAAAUUUACUUUGGAGGAAAGGUCACCUCUUUGCUGACUUAAGAGGGGAUAGACUGUUUCGUAGUUCUCCGCGUGCUUGUGCUUGUAUGCGUCUGACAGAGCCCCGGGGGGGGGGGCAGAGGAUAGAGAGAGAGAGAGAGAGAGAGAGAGAGAGAGAGAGAGAGAGAGAGAGAGAGAGAGAGAGAGAGAGAGAGAGAGAGAGAGAUGUGAUAGGCGUUUUCCGUAAGCCCUUAAGACACGCGUUUCUAUAAUUUGAGGGAUUUUUAUGUUCAUUGAUUAAUGGAGGGGAGGAUGGGCCACGCGACAUGGGUGAGCGAAGGAAAUAGGAGGGAGUACAUUGCGAGGGAAGAAUUUCGCGCGCGUUCGUCUCCUGUCUUGUUUGUGGCUGAUUUUCUAUGUGUGUCUGACUCCGUGUGCGUGUGUGUGUGUGUUUGUGUGUGUGUUUGUGCGUGUGUGUGUGUGUUUGUGUGUGUGUUUGUGCGUGUGUGUGUGUGUGUGUGUGUGUGU